UCAGGUAUGAUAGCCCAAGGGAGCGAUUCAGGAGAAAAGUAGAAGGAAGGGAGAGCAGCAGGGACAUCCUUUAAUGGGGCAUGGAGAGCGGUAGAGUAAAAUAUGGAAAGGUAAUGCCUGAGUCGUCAUCAUCAUCACUUAACCGUGACCUCUGUCUCUCACCCAGAUGUGCUGCUCCUGAUUGCCCUCAUUCUUGAGGUCCAGGCUGCUCCUCACUCGGGAAUUUUAUCAACAAAUUUCGACUUCCUGCAAGAUAAUCUGGAGUUCAGCCGGAAAAUCACCUUGGAAGCAGAAGAACUGAAAGACUACAUGUGCGGCUUUCACAGCCUGUGCAAUGAAGACGAGCUAAGAAUAAUCCAGAGGCAGUUGGGACUGCGAUCAACUCCACUGGACCGGUGUCAAGGUGUUAACUUCGACCGGGAGGAAUGCUUCGGACAGCUUUCCAGAGGCCUGAAGGACUUUUUAAUCCUGAUUAGCUCAGCGAGACCCAUCCUACACGAGAAACUAGACAGGUUAGAUGUCGAUGUCAGAGACCUUCUCACCAACGUCCAAGAAGAGAUGGAUUCACAAGCGAUUUCCGUGCCGUACUUACCUCAGGAGACGCCUCAGUACCAGACUCAUUUCCAAAGGAAAGCCGGCGCGUUCCUGAUCAUUUCGGACAUUACAGAUUUCAUGCUCAUGGCCCAGAAUGCGUUUCGGUAUCCAUUCGGCGGGUGACAUGGACUCACCGGGGAGGAACUUCUGUUUAAUAUUUAAACAGCCGCCCUGUCCGAUCACGAAACCCUUUUAAUUGCAACGGUUGCAAUAACGGAAGCAGAUGUAGUGAAUAUUUCACAUUUUUUGUACCACAGCCUUUGCUAUUUAUUUAUACUAUCUGACUGUUGAGUGUUAAUUUAAUAUUAAAUGUAUUUAUUUUAUUUAUGGUAUAUAAUUAUUAAUAUUUAUUGUCGUGCUGU